AUGGCACCCUCAGGACUCCGCCGGAUGCUCGGCUCCCUCUUCGGGCUUCUGGCACUGAGCAAGGAAGUCGGCGCCAUCCUGACUGUCAACGAGACGUCGUCGAACAUCAUCCUCGAGAAUGACAGGCUCCACCUGUCCUUGGACAAAUCCUUGGGUGUCAUUGUCGACCUCGCCCUUGACGACCAGGAUUUACUCGGCCCCGUCAGUGGCUUAACCGGCGUCGGCCCCUACCUCGACUGUUAUUGCACGCCCAGCGGCUUCUACACUCCCGGCUCGAUAGCCCCUGACUUCCAAAUUUUCCAAGGCAAUGACUCCGAGGGUGUUCCGUAUGCCGGAGUCGUCAUGGGCGAAACCUAUCCGGCGACCGGGCAGCUGCUGGAAUUCUACUACUUCUUGCGCGAAGGAGAGACGGGCCUGCACACCUUCAGCCGUCUUGCCUACCACAAUGAGACAACGCCCUUCCUCCGCAACCUGCAAGAAUUCCGCACCCUUUUCCGCCCCAAUACCGAGCUGUGGACCCACCUCUCAACCAACGAGAAAACCUUCGCGCCCCUACCGUCCAAGGAGGCCAUCGCAAACGAGGUCGUCGUCCAGGACGCCACUUGGUCCCUUUUGAACACGCCAGAUGAUCCGUACGUGCAACAGUGGGCGGAUUACUUCACCAAGUACACCUUCCAGGCUCAAUGGAGGGACCACCGUGUCCACGGCAUGUUCUCCGACGGCUCGACGAGCGCGACCAACGCCACUUUCGGGGCUUGGACCGUCAUGAACACCGUCGACACGUACUUCAACGGACCCAAGAACUCCGAUCUGACCGUUGAUGGCAUCGUUUACAACUACAUUGCCUCCAACCACCACGGCAACGGCACUCCCAACAUCACGAACGGAUUCGACCGUACCUUCGGUCCCUUUUACUACCACUUCAACAGCGGCCCGCCCGGCAGCACCCUCCAAGACCUCCGCGCCGACGCCCUCCAGUACGCCGACCCUUCCUGGAACGUACCCUUCUACGACUCCAUCGCGCCCCACGUCCCCAACUACGUCCCCACCUCCGGCCGCGGCACCUGGCACGGCAUCGUCACCCUCCCCGCCGCCACCAACAACGCCACCACCCCCUCCUGGAGCCGGCCCCUCGCCAUCCUCACCGCCACCGGCCUCGACUUCCAAGACAACGCCCUCAACACCACCGCCUACCAAUACUGGGCCGACCUCUCCAUCGCCCCCAACGGCACCGCCGUCGCCACCAUCCCCCGCGUCAAAGCCGGCACCUACCGCCUCACCAUCCUCGCCGACGGCCUCUUCGGCCAACACAUCCAAGACGGCAUCGUCAUCGACCCCAACGGCGCCACAACCACGACGCUUUCCACCGUCGUCGAAGACAGCGCCGGCACCGAGCUCUGGCGCAUCGGCACGCCCGACCGCUCCGCCGGCGAGUUCCGCCACGGCGUCGCCGUCGACACGACAAAGCCGCUGCAGCCGGAGCAGUACCGCGUCUACUGGGCCAAGUACGACUUCCCGACCGACUUCCCCGACGGCGUGCGCUUCCGCGUCGGCGAGAGCGACGAGGUGGCCGAUUGGAACUACGUGCAUUGGAGCUCGUUCGGGGGCAAGGCGAACGCGGUCAGGACGGAGACGCUGUUUUCGCCGGCGAUCAGCAAUUGGACGGUGGUGUUUGAUGUGGGAGAUGAUGACGGCGCUGCUGGGUUGUUGGCGGCGAGUGUGCGCGCGACGUUGACGGUGCAGCUGGCGGGGGCGAAGACGGCGGCGGGGAAUACGGACGUGUUUAAUGCCACCGAGCCGUAUUCGAACUUGCCGUUUGUUGUUACGGUCAACGGGCAAGAGUUGGAGCCUUGGGUGAUUCCAUAUCAACAUUCCAGCUCCUGCGCCGUGCGUUCAGCCAUCAGCUGCUACAACGUUGCGAACAAGUUUGUUUUCGAGGCGAGUUUGCUCAAGGAGAAGGACAACGAGAUUGUGUUCCGUCUGCCGUCGGACGCGAUGGACUAUGAGUCCGCGGUGCUGCCGCAGCAGGUUUAUGUUCAGUACGACGCCCUGAGGCUGGAGUUGCAGUAA